CGCGUCUCGUUCACGAGCAGAAGCCACCUGUGCACCCCUCGCACGCUCGAGCGAAGCGCACCCAUCGAGCCGUUGCACCGCCUCGCUGCUCGCUCCGCCCUCGGUCGCUCUGUCUCCCUCGCCGUCCUCCGACCUCGCCUCGAUGCGGGCAUGUCGCUCCUCGCACCUAUAGCAGAAGCCGACGAGCCCCUGUACACGCGCACGCUGCCGGCCAGCGCGCGCAAGCCCGUCCCGUACUCGUCGCCGCCUCUCUCGCUCCCCUCGACCCCGGACGACCUCUCGCCUCGCUCGUCACCCACUCCGGCCGCCGGCCCAAGCGCCACCACCACUUCGGCAGCAGCAGCACGCUCCCGCUCGGCCGACCGCGCCGCCUUCAACGAGGCGCGCGCCCUGUACGACUCGGGCGUCGCCCUGUCGCGCGAUGGCAACCCUCUCGCGGCGACGCGGCACUUCCGGCAGGCGGCCGUCGUGUUCGGCGACAUGGACGGGCAGGAGAAGCGGCGGGACAAGAGCAUGUGGCAGGCGGGCAUGUGCUACGCGAGCCUCGGCAUGCGAGCCAAGAAGCGCGGCGAGAAGGAGACGGCGAGGGGUGCGCUCGAGCAGGCUCGGUCGUGCUUCCACUUCAUCAACGAGCGCGCCAAGGAGGCCAUGGCCAUGUUCCAGCUCGCGCUCCUCGCGCUCCCCGACCUGAGCCAGGCGACUGAGCAGCUCAAGGCGGCGGCCGUCAUGUACGCCGACCUCGGCGACGAGGCGCGCGAGGCCAUGUGCUACGCCGAGUUGGGCCACCUCUUCUCGGCGUCGGAUCCCGACACAGCCGUCUUCUUCCUCAAGCAGUGCCUCCUCCUGUACCUCAAGCUCGGCGACUCGCACCGCGAGGGCAAGGUCCUGUACACGAUCGGCCUCCUCGCCUCGUCUGCCGCGCUCGACGACCGCCGCACGGGCUACAACUACCUCGCGCAGGCGCGCGUCAUUUUUCGGCGGCGAGGCGACACGGCCGACGAGGGCGACGCGUGCUACGCCCUCGGCAAGUCGUGCGUCAGGAGCGGCGCGUUCGAGCAGGCCGUCAAGUAUUUUGAGGAGGCCUCGUCCCUCUUCCACUCGGCGCACCUCCCCGUCGACGAGGCGUGGGCGUCGUACCGCCUCGCGCUCGUCAUGCUCAAGGUUCGCUCGGCGUCGCUCGCCAUCUCGUACCUGUCGGACGCACGGCAGCUCUUCGCCGAGGCGCCGAGCGACGAGCGCCACGCCGAGGGGAGCUGCUGCCUGCGGAUCGCCGAGAUCCUGAGCGGGGCCGUCGGCGGCAAGGCGGGAGGGGAGCAGGUCAGGGACGAGGUGCGGGCUGCAGAUUUCUUCGACGAGGCCGCUCGCCUCCUCGCCUUGGACGACUCGACCAUCUCGACGCCCACGCCUUCUUCACGGUCGACGCCUCAAUCCUCUCGUACUCGCUCCCGGUCGCGCAAGCACGGCGCGCCCGCCGCCUCAGCCGCAGCGUCCUCGCCCGACUCGCCCGCCGGCUCGUCCUCCCUCUUGCGUCGCCGCAGCACGAUGAGCGUCGCACGCGCCGAGGAGCGCCGGCGGCGACUCGUGCAGGACGGCGCGGGCUCGGGCUCGGGUGCGGCGUCGCCGGCGCGGAUGGGCUCGAGCGCGCUCGGGAGCCUGAGCGGCGACGGCGGGGAAAGCCUGGUCGCGAGCGCGGGACACGGGCUCGGGCACGGGCUCGACGAGGAGGAGGGCGAGGAGGUGAGGGAGAGUGGGCGGGCAGGAGGGCGCGCUGCGGGGCGAGCGGCGGCGGCGGUCGAGGGAGGAGGAGAGGGAGCGUGGUGGGCGGUCGGCGAUCGCUGAGGCGUGCCGCCGGUGGGCGUUUUCGAGACGCGCGCUGGACGCCGUCCUCCUCUUCUCAAUCGUCAUGGCCGAGUACGACACCCCGCUCGUGGUCGACAACGGUACCGGCUUCGUCAAGUGCGGCUAUGCUGGAUCCAACUUCCCGGCCCAUACCUUUCCCUCCCUGAUCGGCCGUCCCAUCUUGCGCGCCGAGGAGCGCGGCCAGAGCGCCACGACGGCGGCGAUCAAGGACAUCAUGGUCGGCGACGAGGCGUCCGAGUACCGCUCGUACCUCCAGCUGUCGCAGCCGAUGGACCACGGCAUUGUCAAGAACUGGGACGACAUGAAGAUCCUGUGGGACUACACGUUCCAGGAAAAGCUCAAGGUCGACACGCAGGGCCGCAAGAUUCUCCUCACCGAGCCGCCGAUGAACCCGCUCAAGAACCGCGAGAAGAUGGCCGAGGUCAUGUUCGAGGAGUACGGCUUCGGCGGCAUCUACGUCGCCAUCCAGGCCGUCCUCACGCUCUACGCCCAGGGCCUCCAGUCGGGCGUCGUCGUCGACUCAGGUGACGGUGUGACGCACAUCGUCCCCGUGUACGAGGGCUUUGCGCUCCCGCACCUCACCAAGCGCCUCGACGUCGCCGGUCGCGACGUGACUCGGUACCUCAUCAAGCUCCUCCUCAUGCGGGGCUACGCCUUCAACCGCACGGCCGACUUUGAGACGGUUCGGCAGAUCAAGGAGAAGCUGUGCUACACGAGCUACGACCUCGACCUCGACAAGCGGUUGAGUGAGGAGACGACGACCCUCGUCGAGAACUACGAGCUUCCGGACGGUCGCGUCAUCAAGGUCGGCUCUGAGCGCUUCGAGGCACCCGAGUGCAUGUUCCAGCCGCACCUCGUCGACGUCGAGCAGCCCGGUGUCGCCGAGCUUCUCUUCAACACGAUCCAGGCUGCGCCGGUCGACGUCCGUCAGGAGCUGUACAAGCACGUCGUGCUCUCGGGCGGCUCGUCCAUGUACCCGGGCCUGCCGUCGCGCGUCGAGAAGGAGAUGAAGCAGCUCUACCUCACGCGCGUCCUCAACGGCAACCCGGAGCGUCUCUCUAAGUUCAAGAUCCGCAUCGAGGACCCGCCCCGGCGCAAGCACAUGGUCUACCUCGGCGGCGCCGUCCUCGCCGACGUGCUCAAGGACAACACGAGCUUCUGGGUCACCAAGGAGGAGUGGGAGGAGCAGGGCGUGCGCGCGUUGGACAAGCUCGGGCCGAGGGAGUAGAGUUGGGCGACGCGCAAUGGACCCUUCUGUGACUCUGUGA